GGCGGAAGAGUUGCAGUCGGAGGGGGGAGGAGGGAGGGAGGAAAAGAGGAGGAGGCGGUGGAGAUCUGAGCAGAGCCGAGCAUCGAGCCAAGGGGGAGAUGAGUUUGUCUGUCCUCAGCUGAGGCUCCGGCCGGGCCUAGGGAACUGGGAGCUCGGGUUGGAGCGACACCCGUGGAAGUGGGAGGAGGUGGCUCUGGGACUUUAACCCCUUGUGGGCUCUGCGGCAGGGGAUUUAACCCUUUGUGGAUUCGGCCCUCGGAGGCAGCGUCAUCGGGUAGUUUUAACCCUUUCGGGGCUGGGUUUAACCCGUUGGACUUCACCUCAUCUCCUCGCCCACCAACUCCUCGAUUGUGGGGGCGCUCUGCGGAGAGGCUUGAGGUCCACCCCCUUUGCACAUUACGUACUGUUACUGCUGCUGCACCACUUUGGACCCGCUAGCUGGCCGCGCUGUGGGCACUUAACCCUUUACUGACUUGAGCUCUCCCAAGUUGCAAUUGGAGUUUGUUUACAGAAGGACUGGCUAAAGGCGUCACUGCAGGAAUUACAGACCGAAGAGGACUCUGCUGGACAUUUUUAAAAGGAAAGGAAACCUUCUCUUCUCCUUAAGGACUUACAGCCAAAAUUUUUCAAACUUCGAGAAGAGGACUCUAUUAGCCAUGGCCGAGCCACUCUUGUCAGAAUACCAGCACCAGCCUCAAACUAGCAACUGUACAGGUGCUGUUUCUCUUCAUGAUGAGCGGAACCCCGAUCGCCCCCCAGGAGCGGAGGAGCGGGUGCCCGAGGAGGACAGUAGGUGGCAAUCGAGAGCGUCCCCCCAGUUGGGUGGCCGUCCGGGGCAGGAGGGGGAAGGGAGCUUGGAGCCGCAGCCGCCUCCCCUGCAGACCCUGGUCCGUCCAGAACCUAGCUGUCCGCAAGCAGGCAAGAAGGGCCAGAAUGGGGACGACUUGUCUGCUGGCGGAGCCCCCCCGCCGGAGGCUGCGGGGGAACCGAGGCCCGAGGCCGAGUCUCUCGUUCAGCCUUGUCAUGAUUCCGAGGCCAACAAGUUGGGGGCUCCUGCUGCAGGGGGCGAGGAGGCGUGGGGACAGCAGCAGAGACAGCUGGGCAAGAAAAAGCAUAGGAGACGCCCCUCCAAGAAGAAGCGGCAUUGGAAACCGUACUACAAGCUGACCUGGGAAGAGAAGAAAAAGUUCGACGAGAAACAGAGCUUGCGAGCUUCAAGGAUUCGAGCUGAGAUGUUCGCCAAGGGUCAGCCUGUCGCACCCUAUAACACAACGCAGUUCCUCAUGGAUGAUCACGACCAGGAGGAGCCGGAUCUCAAAACUGGUCUCUACCCUAAGCGGGCCGCUGCCAAAUCCGACGACACCAGCGACGAGGACUUCAUGGAAGAAGCGGGCGAAGAGGAUGGGGGCAGCGACGGGAUGGGAGGAGACGGCAGCGAGUUUCUGCAGCGGGACUUCUCGGAGACCUACGAGCGGUACCACGCGGAGAGUCUGCAGAACAUGAGCAAGCAGGAGCUCAUCAAGGAGUACUUGGAGCUGGAGAAGUGCCUCUCGCGCAUGGAGGACGAGAAUAACCGGCUGCGGUUGGAAAGCAAGCGGCUGGGCGGCGACGACGCGCGUGUUCGGGAGCUGGAGCUAGAGCUGGACCGGCUGCGCGCCGAGAACCUCCAGCUGCUGACGGAGAACGAACUGCACCGGCAGCAGGAGCGAGCGCCGCUGUCCAAGUUUGGGGACUAGACUGAAACUUUUUUGGGGGAGGGGGCAAAGGGGACUUUUUACAGUGAUGGAAUGUAACAUUAUACACAUGUGUAUAUAAGACAGUGGACCUUUUUAUGACAAUAAUCAGAAGAGAAAAUCCCCCCCGGCUUUGGUUGGUUUGGUAAAUUUAGCUAUGAUGUAGCUUGCGUGCUUUUCUCCUGUUCUUUAAUUAUGUGAAACUGAAGGGUUGCUUUUCUUGUUUUCCUUUUUAGAAGUUUUUUUUUUUUUAAAUGUGUAAGUAACUUGACCAAGUUAUAAUGCAUUUUUCUGUUAAAAAAUCCCCUCCUUAAAUGGAGCUAAGGUGGCCAAAUCUGAGAACAAUUAAAUUCGUUCUAGCUAUAAUAAAUUUAAUAUUUGUAAAUGUAA